AUGACUUCGAACUCCUCAACCAUGAUUUCUGUCAUACCCUCAACAACCCUUUCCAAUUCACACCCCAACUUCCUCUCCCGCCUCCCUCCCGAACUUCGCCACAUAAUCUACUCCUUCUGCAACUUCCCCGUUAGCGGUCAUGUCUGGGUAGAUUGUCUCGGUCACACCCACGGCUGUGCAUACAAAUCUCAUAUCAUCUUUCACGAGGAUGCCAAGUGGCCGAUGGCAUUUCAUGCGCUGCCGGGCGAGUUCGUGGUCAAGCGGAGGAUCAAGCAACUUAUAUCUCGUCCUCAAGACGGGAUCGACGGUCUGUUUCGAGGCUUGAGCGUGCAGGUGGGGGGAGAAUUUGCCAUUCGGAAUGAAUUGCUACAUCUACUAUUCGACCAAAUGGAUGUCUAUUUCGAGUACGUCUUAUCUAACGACCCAGCAUCUCAAGUCAGCAGUUCAACUCUCCAGUCGCUGAUAUUCACCUACCUCACAUCCAUAACACUCACACCUGAACCACACCAAAACAUCGAUGGCUCUUGCGUCGCACUAGACACAACCUCCAUCUCCUUCAUUACAGCCCAUUGUCCGAACCUCCAUCACUUGACGUACAUGGUGAUCGUGUGCGAAUGGCUCGAGAAAGGACCUACAGAUGAGGGGGCCAUGGACUUUGCACAGGCGUGUCACCUUCUAACAGUGGAGUGCAAGAAACUUCAGGGUUUGCACUUUGAAUUCUCCGAUCGUGCCAGACAGGUAUCGAGAGGAGAACCCAAGCUGAAAAGGAGUUUGACUGCGGGGAACUGGGGGGUGGUUGUGAUAUGGGUAUGUGAUGUAUUGCGCCAGAUAGUGGAAGAGUAUGGGGCUCAGGAGGAGUGAUUGCUGGUCCGCUUCAAAGACUUUGCUUUGAUGGAAUACUGUGUGUGGCAAGUUCGGGGCUUAUAAUUUGCGCGGUACAUGGCUUCGUGCGGAAAAUCUUCUGGGGAAACGGGAAGACUUCGAAAACGACGUCCUGUUGCAGAGAAUUUAUCAGGACCAUGU